AUGGCUUACACUAUUUCUGAAAAAGGAAGUGAUUUAACAACAAUUUAUUUUAAAGAUGUAAAUGGACAAGAUUUGCCUGAUAAAAUUCCAAAAGUUAAGCAAGGCUCUUUAUCAUGGAUGCCGAAUAAUAAAGGAAUAUUUUAUUCUAAAUAUAUGCAAACAAAGAAACAUUCAACAAAUGAAUCAACAAUUACAAAAAAAGAUGAAUACCACACACUUUUUUAUUAUCCUUUAGGCUCUAAACAGGAUAUUCUUAUUGCUGAUUUUAGAGAACUUGAUGAUCCAAAUUUAAAUAUUGUUGGUUCAGUUUCACGUGAUGGACGCUUUCUUUUUGUUUAUGUUUAUGAUAGAGAUAAUGCAAAUACAAUUUAUUAUUUGGAUUUAAAUUCAAUUAAUUUUAAAAUUCAUUGUCGACCUCCACUUACCCUUUUAAUUCACGACACUCGAGCCUUCUUUGUGAUACUUGAUUAUGAUCAUGAAACAGAAUCUGCUAUAGGUGCUUAUUUUAAAAUUAAUUUUAAUUUCAUUCCUUAA